CUUUGUAAAGCGAAAGCGCGCGGUCGCGUUGGUCUUGGAGCGUUUAUAGCAUAUAAAAAUCGAAUUAGUCGUUAGACCACAGCUGGAUUCCAUAUACCAAAAGACAAGAAAGAAAAAUGCCAUCCGCAUCGGCGACAUUUGUGCGCAUACUGAUCGGCGGCCUUGCUAUCCUGGUCGCUGUGGGCUACAAGAACUAUCGCGAUUUGGGCGCGCCCGGCAAGCGGCCGGAUUUGGAUAAUAAUGAAUAUUGGGGACCUAAGCUGAAGGGUUCAUAUCAAGAAAAUAAGCUCGUUUCGCCUUAUGACAUAAGUGUUGCGCCCGACGUUAUUGGCGAUUUGAAGGCACAGCUGGAGCGUCCGCUGAAGCUGCAGGAGCCGCUGGAAGGCGUCGGCUUUGAGUACGGUUUCAAUGCCAAGGAAUUGAACAAGGUUGUGAAAUAUUGGCGGGACAGCUAUUUGCCCAAAUGGAAUGAACGCGAGCAGAUCCUUAAGAAGUUCAAGCACUUCCAGACCGAAAUCCAGGGUUUACGAAUUCACUUUAUACACGCCAAGCCCAGCAAUGCGGCAGGUAAAAAGGUGCUGCCGCUGCUCUUGAUGCACGGCUGGCCCGGCACCGUGCGCGAAUUUUACGAUUUUAUCCCAUUGCUGACCACGGGCAGCGAUAAGAGCGAUUAUGUCUUUGAGGUUAUAGCGCCCAGUUUGCCAGGCUAUGGUUGGUCUCAGGGCGCUUCGAGGCCUGGUCUGGGCGUCGCUCAGGUGUCGGUGAUUAUGCGCAAUCUGAUGCUGCGUCUGGGCUUCAAUAAGUUCCUCAUUCAGGGCGGCGAUUGGGGCAGCCUUAUUGGCGCCAAUCUGGCUUCUCUGUUCCCAGAGAACACCCUGGGCUAUCACUCCAAUUUGUGUGCUAACAACAGUCCUAUGGGCAAUCUUCGCCAGCUGCUUGCCUCCUUCUUCCCCUCCUUCUACAUUGACAGCCAGUACGCACACUUUUACAAAGGCCUGGGUGAUACGUUUUUCAUGAUCCUGGAGGAGUUCGGCUAUGCGCAUAUACAGGCCACCAAACCGGACACCAUUGGCACGGCGCUGGCCAACAAUCCCGUUGGCCUGGCGGCGUACAUACUCGAGAAGUUCUCCACAUGGACGAAUCCAGAGUACAAGAAAUUGGAGGACGGUGGUCUGACCAAGCAUUUCACCUACGAUCAGCUGCUGGAUAACAUUAUGAUCUACUAUGUGACCAACUCGAUAACCACAUCUGUGCGUUUGUAUUCCGAGUCAAUGAAUAGCGCACAGUUGAGCCUCGACGUGGACAGUGUGCCCGUCAAGGCGCCAGCCGGCUGUGCUCGCUUUGCCCAUGAGGUCGCACACACUCCGGACUCGGUGCUGGCCAACAAAUUUCCGAAUCUGGUACACAGCACACAUCAUUCCGACGGUGGACAUUUCCCCGCGUUCCAGGUGCCACAGCAGCUCUAUGAUGACUUUGUGGCAUAUAUAAAGAAGGCGUUUCCCUAAACUUGAAUGAGUCCAUUUCCAUUUUCGGUUGUACUUUAAGAAGCGGCACAAGGAAUAUAUAAAACUUUUGUUUAUUUUUUAUAUAAAAAGA